UUCAAUACAAUAUUCAUUUGGGUCGUUUCAUGCACUGUGCUACUACCUCUUUUAGCUACCAUCAUUGUUUUCGUCUCGGCCGCUAUGUUGCCGCUGAAUUCCCUGAGAUUGAAGCUCGCUGGGACGAAGUUGUCGCCGGACCACAUCGUAUACGAUGCAGAGGAUAUUGAGUUCGGGACCUUAUGGUGGUUCGUUUAUGCUGGGGUUUCUUGCCUUCUCGUCCUCUUCGCUGGCAUCAUGUCUGGUCUCACCCUCGGCCUUAUGUCUCUGGGCAUCGUUGACCUUGAAAUUCUCCAGCGCAGUGGCACCACCACAGAGAAAAAGCAAGCAGCUGCUAUAUUACCAGUUGUUCAGAAGCAGCAUCAACUGCUCGUUACUUUGCUUCUCUGCAAUGCUUGUGCCAUGGAGGCACUUCCAAUUUACCUUGACAAAAUUUUUCACCCUCUUGUAGCAGUAAUAUUGUCUGUAACAUUUGUUCUGGCUUUUGGAGAGGUUAUCCCACAAGCUAUAUGCUCAAGAUUUAGGCUCUCUGUGGGUGCAAAUUUUGUGGGGGUGGUGCGUAUUCUGAUGAUAAUCUGCUAUCCAAUUGCUUAUCCUAUUGGAAAGGUUCUGGAUGCUGUUCUCGGGCACAACGAUGUCUUGUUUAGGCGAGCACAAUUGAAAGCCCUCGUUUCAAUCCAUGGUCAAGAGGCCGGUAAAGGGGGCGAACUCACACAUGAUGAGACAACAAUUAUCAGCGGAGCUCUAGAUCUUACUGAAAAGACUGCAGAGGAGGCAAUGACACCAAUUGAAUCAACCUUUUCUUUGGAUAUUGAUUCAAAGUUGGACUGGGAAGCAAUUGGGAAAAUUCUUGCAAAAGGUCACAGCCGUGUUCCUGUGCAUUGUGGGAAUCCCAGUAAUAUAAUUGGCCUCUUACUGGUGAAAAGUCUUCUCACUGUCAGAGCCGAAACAGAAACACCAGUUAGUGCUGUUACCAUCAGAAGAAUUCCAAGGGUUCCAUCAGACAUGCCUUUGUAUGACAUCCUGAAUGAGUUCCAGAAGGGAGGCAGUCAUAUGGCAGCCGUAGUUAAGGUGAACAGGGAGAAAAAUAACACUCUGACUGGUGCUGAAAAUGGGAAACUUCAGAAAGACAGGGUCACAAAUCACAAUUCUCAACUGACAAUGCCAUUGUUAACCAAAUCUUCUGAGGAAACGAAAAACAUCAUUGUUACUAUUGAUAAACCUCCUAUGGUUCCCAAAAAGCAACAAAUUAGUAUCCACCAGUUACCAGAUGAUCUUGAAGAUGGGGAAAUAAUUGGUAUCAUAACACUUGAAGAUGUUUUUGAAGAACUCCUUCAGGAAGAAAUAGUAGAUGAGACAGAUGUAUAUGUUGAUGUACACAGAAGAAUACGUGUGGCUGCUGCGGCUGCUGCUUCAUCUGUGGCACGAAUUCCAUCUGCUCGAAAGCUGACAGGCCACAAGCCCACGGGAAAUCAAGCAAGCAAGGUAAAGUUUUAAAAAACUAUGAGGAGGAUCAUUCACAUUCAAUGAGAACUCCAUGAUUCCUCUCUGGUCCAUGGAGCUUCUUUCUGGACAAUAAACGAUCAGCUUCGAUCAGGCAACAAAAAUGUUGAGCUGUCACUGUGUUUAUGUGAUCACUAGUUGAAGCAGAGCAUGAAGAUACAGUCCCUGUAAUCUUAAAAUGAAAAUGACGAUCUUGGAUCUUGGAAAAUAAUAUAUUGUUGUCUUUGAUCUAUUAAUUAUUUUCCAAAGCAAUUGUUUUGGGCCAAUUAUUCUUUAA